CGCCCAUCCCUAGUCAUGAAGCCGAAAGAAAUAGUCUUCCUUCUACUCCCCAUCUCUUUUCUUCUAGCCGAUGAAAUCGUAAAAAAACGGAGCUUUCAUUCUACUCUCCUGUAUCUUUCGUUCUCCAACAACAAAAAAAUCUAGCUUCGUUGAUUCUUUUGAGAAAUCUUCACUAUUAUAGAAGGAAGUAAGGCAAAUUUUAAGUUUGUGAGCCAAAUAUGGGAAGCUUGAAUACAAGAUGAAUGCUUUCAAGUUUACGUUGGGUUAUUUGAAGAAGGUAAGGUUGUUACGGUGAGAUUGGACUUUUGAGCAAUUGGUGGUGCCAUGAAUCAGAGGUUAAUAGGAGCAAUUUGUGGUGCCAUUUUCACACUCUCACUGAAAAUUGGCAUUGUUUUUAGUUAGAACAUAGAACAGGAGAAAGAAGACUGGAGAUUGAUGUCACGGUUCUUGUUGAUAGAGGUGUUGUUUGUAUUGACGAGUUUGAUGAGAUGAAUGGCCAAGGUUGCCUGCCUAUACAUGAGGUUAUGAAGCAGCAGACUUUAAGAACUGCUAAAGCUGGAAUGCAGCCAUCAUUGAAUGCUCGGUGCAGCAAACUUUAUUUGGGAAGCUUUACUUCAUGUCAUAGCUUCUGUUAUGCAUGUUUCAAGCCUUUCCAGAGCAGGGCCUCAAGAAAACUUGCAGUGCAAAUGCUAAUUAGACGAAGCAACCAAGCAUUACGUUGCACAGGAGCAGCUUUGAGUUUAUGCUCAGGCUUGCUAAGUUUUUGGUAGUCAGGUGAUGGUUCUUGAAUUAUAUCCUCAGUUGGAGUGUCAUGCACAAAAGAGACUGUAAUGAUUAGUCUUUGCAUCCAUAUUUUGAUCUUCAAUCUCCUAUACCAUGUUGAUACUUGCCGGCAGAUGCUUCUUUUUAGUUGAGUUAAAUUCUCAUGCUCCGUGGCCCAUUUUACAUUUCAUGGAAGAAAUAACAUUUAUUCGGUCAUAGAAAUGAAUAGGAUUAUCAUUA